UCUUGUGGCUUCGCUUGUUGACGUUGCUUUGCGUAGAAAUUUGAGGUUAAAAUAAGUAAUUCUAUAGUAAAUAAUAAGUAAAGUGUUCUUGAUUAGCAGAAAAUGGCAGAUGUAUUAGAUAUUAAUGAUGCUGUAGAUAUAGAUGUUGAUGAUGAAGGGGAGCAAAGUGUUUUGCGUCUUAAAGACAAAGUCAUUAAACGGAAAGGAAGAGGUUUUGGCCCCGGCGAAUCCAGAGAGCAUGAAAAAAUACGUGGAUACGAGUCUAUUGAUACUGGUGACCACGGUGAUGAGCCAGGUCCUCAAAAAUCAGUAGAGGGAUGGAUUUUAUUUGUGACAUCAGUACAUGAAGAAGCUAACGAGGAUGACCUUAAUGAAAAAUUCUCUGAAUUUGGAACAAUUAAAAACAUUAGCAUAAAUUUAGAUAGAAGAACAGGAUUUUUAAAAGGUUAUGCAUUAAUUGAAUAUGGAACUUAUGAGGAGGCGUCAGCUGCUAGAGAGGCAUUAAAUGGAUCUUCUAUGUUGGGUCAAACUAUAGGUGUGGAUUGGUGUUUUGUAAAAGGUCCCAAGAAAUCAAAGAAGCGUAGUAAGAGACAUUAAUCUCUAAAUUUUUUUGUAUUAAAUGUACAUAAUUUAAGAUGUACGAUAUUUAUUUAUGAAGAAAAUAUAUUUGUAGUUCUU